UGGCGCGCAGCUGUGUCGGUGCUACUGCUCGGUCUGCGCGGUUCUUCGCAACUGCCUCCGCGUGGUGAGCUCCGGGAGCCCGGCUCUUCCCCUGGUGGCGGCGGCGGGAAGGAGUGGAGGCGAGCGGACGGCGGGGCUCCAUGGAGAGCGGCAGACGUCCGGGCAGAGGCGGCGCUUCCCUCCCGGGCCCUGGACUGCAGUGACCGGCGCUCACCUCCCGCACCGAGUCGAAACGGCCGAGCCGCGGGCUCCGGGACGGACCGGCCUGUCAGCGCGCCCCGGCGUCUCCGCGCCCCUAUCCAGCCUCGGCCCUAACUCCCCGGCGGGGUGGCGGCCGGAGCAGCAGCAGGAGCAGCAGCAGCAGCAGCAGCAGCAGCAGCAGCAGCAGGAUCGCGCCUCUAUGAUGAAGUUCAAGCCCAACCAGACGCGGACCUAUGACCGCGAGGGUUUCAAGAAGCGGGCGGCGUGCCUGUGCUUCCGGAGCGAGCAGGAGGACGAGGUGCUGUUGGUGAGCAGCAGUCGUUACCCGGACCAGUGGAUUGUGCCGGGAGGAGGGAUGGAGCCGGAGGAGGAGCCUGGCGGCGCCGCCGUGAGGGAGGUCUAUGAGGAGGCUGGAGUCAAAGGAAAAUUGGGCAGACUCCUGGGUGUAUUUGAGCAGAACCAAGACCGGAAGCACAGAACAUAUGUGUAUGUUCUUACAGUCACUGAAAUACUAGAAGACUGGGAAGAUUCUGUUAAUAUAGGAAGAAAAAGAGAGUGGUUCAAAGUGGAAGAUGCAAUCAAAGUUCUCCAGUGUCAUAAACCAGUUCAUGCAGAAUAUCUGGAAAAACUCAAGCUGGGCUGUUCUCCGUCCAAUGGAAAUUCCACAGUCCCUUCUCUUCCAGAUAGUAACACCUUGUUUGUAAAUGCUGCACAGACCCCCGGGGUUCCCUCUGGUCUAAGAUAAAGAAAGCUGGGCAGACCUCUCCCGCCAUGUGCAGUCUUAUGGGGAGAAGUUUUGUUUUUUCCUUGGCAAACAUCUGAAUGACGCUUGCAAACUGUCUGAAUUUGCCAUACAGGGUUUUCAAACAAUUUGCAUGUUUUUCAGAUGCUUAAGAUAUUUUUUUUAAAGAGAUAGUGUAAAAUAUUUUAAUAAGCCAAAGCCAUGCGGGAAUUUGUUUAGAUGCCUUAAUUAUGCCCCACCCCCACGUUACCUUAAGUUUUUUUUGUCCAUUUGACACAUAACUGGUUUAUCAUUUCAAAUGAUUAGGUGUAUUACCUGCUUUCUGCAUUUUUUUCUUAUUCAUAUCACUAACAUAUUCAAAACAAUUUUUUUUAAUAUUAAAGAAAUCCAUUCAUCCUAAAACUUGUUUUAUGAACUCCAAACUUCUAAUUCAUAAACGGGCUAUGUGUUUGGCCUGCUAACUUUUGAUAAUUGGCUUAUCUCGGGCGGGGGCUUGCCAGCUCAUCUGUCCCCCCAUCUCACCCAAGGGCAGUUCCCCAUGAAGCAUCACUUUCCGCACUCAGAGCAUGUGUGAUUAGAGCAUCACAGAAACUAUUGAUUGGACUCCUUAGCAUGCUCAGUUGCCAUUUCCCUUUCCAGUCUUUGAACAGAAUAACUCAAAACUACCAUUUCCCUGAAUGCAAAUUGCUAUUAAACAUGGUUUAAGUUUCACAACACCCCUUCAGUUAAUUCUUCAUGGUUACUAGAGGGAUAGCAGGCUCCUCUUGCACAAGAAAAUGGCCUUCCUGCUAUUCUGCUCUUACACACCAUGACUGCUGAGGCACCCCAGGAGAGCUCAUCUUUUCUAGGUUGUCAAAGGGUACUGUUUCACGUACAGCUAACUUGUGGCACUGGAACCUGGCAGAGUUCAGUUAAAACAGGCCAUCUAGAACACCUGAGUACCUUGUCCUCCGAGACGCCCGCACUUCCCCCACCAACUCAGAAAUCAAAGGGAGAGGAAAAGCCUGGGGAGAAAGAUCACUUCUCUGUAGACUUUAGCCUUUUGUAAAUAUAGUAACUGGUGAGUAUAGGAUAGUUGAAAUAUUUGCUCUACCAGUUGGUGACCUUUUAAAAUGUAACUGCUGCUAGAAAUAACCUUCCUACACUUAAAUUGGUGCCAUCACAAAAUGAGAUCUUGUGCCAUAAAUGCAGCAAAGUAUAAACAUUAGUUCCCAAAUUAACGCUGUUAAAAAAAACUUGUAACCAGUAAUACACUUCAUCCUAAAUUAUGUAGUGUGAUCAAACAUGAUCAUCCAGGAUUUUUAUAUUUUUCUUUGUACAGAGUUAUGUAUUCUGGGUGUUUUUUUUUUUUUAAUUUAAAAUCUCACAAAUUGACUUUCUAUCAAUCUUCAGUGGGCUAAUAUUUUUUUUCUGAGUGAUCGCUGAAAUUUUAAGUUAUAUACUUACCACAGCAAAGAAACUGGAUUACUUUUGUAUAUAAAACUGCUUCCACAUGAAAUGCUGUCACAAAUACUGGGGGGUUAUCUUGUACAUGAUAUUCUUAGAGGUAAUAAUGCAUGAGCUUAUUUUAUAAACUCAACUAUGUAUUUGACAUGUAAAAUAUGUACAGUGUUAAUGCCAACCAUCUCUUUAACGUUAGCCUAUAAAUAUUGUUGUAUAAUUUUCUUCAGUCAGAAACCUAUGGACUAACAGUACCACUUGGGUCAGGAUUUUCUUCAGUGCCAUUUAGCAAAUCAACUGUCUGUAGUCUAUGCAAUUAACAAGAAAUUAACAGAAUUCUAACAUGCUUCCACACUCCAAAUUUCCCAGGAGGGGUUCCCACCCAACUUUUGUGGAAUGCAGUCCAGCAAAAUCAGAGGAAAGGCCCGAAGGAGAUUUAUUUCUGUUAGGAGAAACAGCCAACAUUUUCAGACUAUAAGUUGAAUCUACUAAGAAUAACAAUAGUGUCUACUAUCGCAGCCCUGCAUAGCUUGCAGUGCUGGGACCGUCUCUGUGCUUAUCUGUGGGAUAGUUGAAUAAAAUCGGGCAGCUAAGAAUUUUAGUUCCAUGUGCCUCCUAAAUACAACACAGAAGUAUGCAGUGUAAAGUGACUUGCACACAAAGUAUAAACUGUCCUGCAUGUCUUUUUUGUAAACAUGACAUUUUCCAACCAGGUACCUGCCACCCAAUUUUGUCUCGUGCUAUUGUAUAAAGCAAAACCGAAGGGGAGAAAUGAUUGUUGUACACACUGAAUUGCUUUGCAUGGUCUCAUUUGAGAUAAUUGGUGUAAGAAUCUUUUUUAUAUAUAUAUAUAUUUGGAAACCUCAAUAAAAACGGAGAUGAUC